AUGGCAGGCAGAGGGGCCAGAGGGAAGUACAACACGAGAAGCAGAAGCCAGGUGGAUAUAAGGAGAUACGGAUUGAUAGAUAAUGAGAGCACGACAGAGGUCGAAAACAGAAGCAUAAAUGAUAUGACAAAUGAUGAAUUCGAAAAAACAAAUGGGGCAGCAGUAGUACAUCAAGAUGCGCGGGAAAACAUUGAUGCGGAAAAAAAGGAGGGAAAUGAGAAAGACAGCGAUGGAGCGGAAAGUAGGAAAGAUGAAAACUCGCAGGGUAACCAAACUCUAAGUAGUAUAGACGAAAUGAUGGUAGAUGGCGCAGAGGAGAAAAUAACAGGCGCGGAGAUUGAAAAAGUUGCGGAGUACAUACUAGAGAAUAUAGUAAGUGAAAACAAAAGGAAGGAAAUGGAAUGGGAACUAAUGCUGAGCAACACUUUGAACGACAUCGUGGAAUUCAGCAAAAUAGGAAACAACAAAUUAAUAAAGAAGCUAGAGGAAAUACAAAUAAAUUGUGAAAAAAAAGCGGAAAAUUGCGAAUACUAUAAAGAAAGCGAGAGAAAAACAAGAGAAGGACUGAAAGCGGAAAAAAGAAAGUGGGACGAGGAAAGAGAAGUUUUGACAGAGCGAUGUCUAAAGGCGGAAAAAAAUAAUGCGGACUAUGUACAGAGAACUUUUACUCAAGACCUAUUGCGAGACGUGAAAGUGAGAGAUGAUCCUGAAAAAAGAAAAAGAUGGAACAUAGUGACAAGUACUCCGGCAAGAAAUGUAAAUGAUGAGAGAAAGCAAAAUGAAGGCAUCAAUAACAAAGCGAGUGUCGAGGAACCAAGACUUCUAACAGAAAGCGAAGUACAGGAAGAAUUAAGAAGAAGAAAUAAAAAAAAGUUGAUCGUAAGAAUACAGCACAAAUGUAAAAGCAAUGAAGAAGCAAUACGAGUGGUAGAAGAAAAACUUGGAUACAGGGUAGACUGGAAUACGGUCGGAAGAAGCGAAGAAGGUUUAAUUACGUUAAAGCUCAGCACUUUGGAAGAAAAAAGAAAUUUAGUAACGAAAGAAUGGAAAUUAAAAGGAACAGACGUGUUCAUUGAUGAUGAACUGACUGAAAGAGAGAGAGAGAUUGGAAAAUGGCUGAAAGAAAUCGAAAAAAAGGAAAGAAUGAAAGGAACUAUGGCUAAAACGGGAUACAUGAAAAUCUCAAAAUCAAUCAGGGAAGGGGAUAAGCAAAAAAGAAGUCACAAGAGAGCAGUGAUAAUAAAAAAUGAGUGCAACAAAUAUGGAGUAGGUGAGGAAAGCAUAAGGAAGAAGACAAAUGAGAACAAUAAUAAAAAUAAAGCCAAUAAAAAAAGCGAGAGUGAAAACAAAAAAGAAAACAGAAGUGUAAAAGAAAAAGUCAACGCGGAAAACGAAAAAUACAUUAAAGUAAUGUGCUGGAAUAUAGCAGGUAUGAAGGAAUAUAGUGAUAUUAAUAAAUUGGUGGAAAAGUAUGAUGUAGUGUCCCUGAUUGAGACUUGGGUGGAGGAAAAAGACAUUGAGAAAGUAAAAGGAAGCUUAAGUAGUGAAAUAAGAUGGUGGUUUAAACCGGCAGUGAGAAAAGAAGGAUGUACAAGAGGAAGAGCGAGCAGUGGACAUAUCACGUUACAGAUGCCAUAA